AUGGAAAAAAAUGAUGAUAUUGCCAGAGGCUACACGAAGGGUGACCGAGUGGCGGUAGAUGCCAAAUGGGUGGAACUGGCCAAUGAUUUAAACGCUGCAGGUCCACCAGUAAAAGAUGUUGGUGGAUGGAAAAAGGCUUGGGCAGACUGGAAGACCUCCAUCAAAAAGAAGCUGGCCCAUAAUAAAAAAGAGUCCAUUGCUACAGGUGGGGGUCCAUUUAACCAAAUGCCCCUAACAGAUAUGGAAACCAAAAUUGCCGAUCUCUGCGGCCUGUUCCGGAUGGUAGAUGGGAUUGAAGGUGCUAGGUCUUUUGGACCCCCGGAACAGCCGAUCAAAACGGAGGCAACUGAGGAAAGCUCGCAAAAGCGUCCCGUGGAUUCCAGUCCAGCAAUAGAAUCUCCGGCAAAAAAAAUUCGGAAGACGCAACAAUUUUCUUUGGAGGAGGCUUGCUCCAGCCAAAUGAAAAUAAUGGAGCGCGUCGUGAAGUCCCUGGACGAGCUAAAUGCGACGAUGCGUUCCCAAAACCAAAUGAUGGCAGAACAUAAUGCUGCAAUUUUAGACAUAGAAAGGGAGAAAUUGGAAGCCAUUAAAAAGCAUUAUAACCAGAAAUAA